GAUCGCUUCUUAUUCCAAAAGCUCCCUCUCCGAUUCUGUUCCACUUUUUUUAAUUCUUCAUUUCACGAAUCGACUCUGAUUGGGCCUUAUGGAAUGAUUUCAAAUUCGAGUAUAAAUCUUCCAUUCGGCUCACGCACGAGCCUCCAUUUUCAUUCCAUUGCGGCUUCUUCUUCACCGAUUAUGUGCACCAAUGGUGUCUGAUCUGAUUUAGGGUUUGAAUUAGGGCUAUUCUGAUUCUCAGUCUGUUCGAACUGAAUUGCUGCAUCGAGUGUUGGUUAAUUGUCAUUGGUUACUGGUUAUCCUCCUGUUUGUUUUCGAUCCAGAUUGCAGUGAGUUUCCUGGAUUUACAGCAUUACAGGAAACAAAGCCAUGGCGGCUGAAACUGCAUAUAAAUCCCCAAUCUUAAAACCCUAAUUUUUCGGUUUCCCCCAAUUUUUUGUUCUGUAUUUCCAAAUUGCCUGAUGCCAAUGGCACCAAACACAGUGGUAGUCACAUUAGAAAGACCUGAAGGCAUUUCUCUAAUAGAAGUUAACGAUUCAUCACCAAACACUGCAUUAUUUCAGGAGAAGCAGAAAUCCACAAGCCCCAAGCAAUUCACAUGGUUUCUACUGCUCAAAGCACACAGAAUCCUCGCCGCAGUCCCAUGGCUGGCGACGACUCUGUAUGCCGUUUUCGGAUCCAUCAGGAAGCGCAUUGCCACCUCCAAUACCAACGAGGAGGAUCCCCUCUACAGGGGCAGGUUGUACAGGCUAAUUAAGUUGUUUCUUGCUGUUUCUGUAGCUGCUCUGUUGGUUGAAAUCUUUGCUUAUUUCAAUGAAUGGAUUUUGAUCAGUAGAGUGAAUCCUUUGGAAGUUGGGAAUUUGGUGCAAUGGUGUUAUGUUGCUUGGCUUGAUUUCAGAGCUGAUUAUGUUGCCCCUUUGAUCGUCGCCCUUUCGAAUUUUUGUAUCGUAUUGUUUUUGAUUCAGUCGCUCGAUCGGUUAGUUCAGUGCUUGGGUUGUUUCUGGAUUAAGUAUAAAAAGUUGAGGCCUGUUGUUGAAGAAGAGCUUCGUGACAUUGAGGUCGGAUCGGGUUUCUUCCCUAUGGUUCUUGUCCAAAUUCCUAUGUGUAAUGAAAGAGAGGUGUACGAGCAAUCGAUUGCGGCUGCUUGCCAGCUGGAUUGGCCGAGGGAUCGGUUUCUUGUCCAAAUCCUGGACGAUUCGGAUGAUGAUCUUCUGCAGCAUUUGAUAAGAGACGAAGUCAUGGCGUGGAAAGACAAAGGUGUGAAUAUUGUCUACAGACAUCGAUUUAUCCGGACAGGUUACAAGGCCGGCAACCUUAAAUCAGCAAUGGCUUGUGAUUAUGUUAAAAACUACGAGUUUGUCGCGAUUUUCGACGCAGAUUUCCAGCCCAACCCCGAUUUCCUCAAACUCACCGUGCCUUACUUUAAGGGCAAUCCGGAAGUAGGCCUUGUCCAGGCGCGAUGGUCCUUUGUGAACAAGGACGAAAACUUACUUACCCGUCUCCAAUACAUCAACUUGUGCUUCCAUUUCGAGGUCGAGCAGCAAGUGAACGGCAUGUUUCUCAAUUUCUUCGGUUUCAAUGGCACCGCCGGCGUGUGGAGGAUCAAGGCGUUGGAAGAUUCCGGCGGGUGGCUCGAAAGGACAACCGUCGAGGACAUGGACAUCGCUGUUCGCGCCCACUUAAACGGAUGGAAAUUCAUUUUCGUCAACGAUGUUCGAGUUCUUUGUGAGCUGCCCGAAUCCUACGAAGCAUACAAGAAACAGCAACAUCGCUGGCAUUCGGGCCCGAUGCAACUUUUCCGACUAUGCCUUCCCACAAUCUUAACUGCAAAGAUAUCGACGUGGAAGAAGGCGAACAUGAUAUUCCUAUUCUUCCUAUUGCGGAAGCUCGUCCUCCCGUUUUACUCGUUCACUCUCUUCUGUAUCAUACUUCCGGUGACGAUGUUCAUCCCGGAAGCCGAGCUCCCGGCGUGGGUCAUCUGCUAUGUCCCCAUAACAAUGUCGAUCCUCAACAUCCUCCCGGCGCCGAAAUCAUUCCCGUUCUUGAUGCCGUACCUCCUCUUCGAGAACACCAUGUCGGUGACAAAAUUCAACGCCAUGAUCUCGGGGCUGUUCCAGCUGGGGAGCGCCUACGAAUGGGUUGUCACGAAGAAAACGGGGCGGGCGUCGGAGUCGGAUUUGCUCAGCCUGGCAGAGAGGGAGUCGAAGAACGGCAGCGAGGACAAGAUUCAGCGGAGGCUGUCGGAAUCGGGCCUGGAAAUGCUGGAGAAACUCAAGGAGCAGAAAACAGCUCCGGUGGGAGUGAUGAAGAAGAAGAAGAGGAAUAGGAUUUACCGGAAGGAAUUGGCGCUGGCGAUGCUGCUGCUGACGGCGGCGCUGAGAAGCUUGCUGUCGGCGCAUGGCAUCCAUUUCUAUUACUUGCUGUUCCAGGGGCUGUCGUUUUUGAUCGUUGGAUUGGAUUUGAUCGGCGAGCAGGUCAGCUGAAGGUUUUCAUCGUUACUACUGUUUAUGAAUUGGUAUAUAUAUAUAUAUGUGUGUGUGUGUGUGUCUGAGUUGAGUAUAAGGUGGUUGUGAUCUGAAUGGAUCCAUUGAUUUCGUUACAGAGGUGAGGUUUCUUUCUAUUACAGUUGGGAGAGAAAAACAGAGCAGUAAACGGUAUAGAUUUGAUUCUUUUAAUUGUAUAAUUCACAAGGAUUAUUAUUGACUUUGUUGUUAUUGUAUUGGUGUUUAUAAUAGUA